AUGUGGGUGAAGUGGAUGCAUGAAUACUAUAUAAAAAGCAAAGACUUCUGGUCCAUGGAUGUUCCUACUGGCCUAACUUGGUCUAUGAGGAAAAUUUGGCACCAGAGGAACAUUUUUGCUCAAGCUGGAGGAGUUCAAAGUUUUGUUCAUGGUGGAAAGUUUAGAAUCUGCAAAGCUUAUCAAUUUCUUAAACCUAAAGCUACCUCAGUGCAUUGGAAAAGGAUCAUCUGUAAUACCAGGGCCAGUCCAAAAAGUGCCUUCAUUGUUUGGCUUGCUCUCCAAAACAGGCUAGCUACAAAAGAUAGAUUAUUGAGUUGGAAUCUGAAUAUUGAUGGUCAAUGUGUUCUUUGUCAGAAGAGUCCAGAGACUUUACACCACCUGUUCUUUCAAUGUGAGUAUUCUGCUGCAAUUUGGAGCAAGGUGAUUCAGUUCAGUGGUGAUCAAAGGUGGAACCAGAAUUGGCCUGAGUUGAUUGAAUGGAUGGCUAAGAAGAGUAGAAGCACUAACGAUACUGACUCUUACAGGAACAUUCUGUUUGUUGAGUCAAUCUAUGCAAUCUGGAUUCAAAGGAACUUUAAGGUUUUCAGCAACAAGUUAGAUUCUUGUAGUAAUGUAGUUAAUCGUAUUCUAUUUAGAGCUGCUUGUAGACAAGAUAGAUAUUGA